UCUCGCUCUCUCUCCCCACUAUACAUGCGUCUCGCUCCGCCCAUUUUCUCUCUCUAGAUAGGAAAAUAUCCUCUCUAUUUUCCUACUUCAGAAUCAUUUACAUUUCUCUCUCUUCCCAUCCAAAGGAAGACAAAAGGUUCAAACAUAAAAUCAUGAGUUAUUACAAUCAGAAUCAACCCCCCGUCGGUGUUCCUCCCCCUCAAGGAUAUCCGCCGGAGGGGUACCCGAAGGACGCCUAUCCGCCGCCGGGUUACCCGCCUCAAGGGUACCCGCAGGGCUACCCUCCCCAGGGAUACCCGCCGCAGUACGCGCCCCAGUACGCUCAGCAGCCGCCGCCUCAACAACACCAGUCCAGCAGCCCCGGGUUCAUGGAGGGAUGUUUGGCUGCUCUAUGCUGCUGUUGCCUGCUGGAUGCAUGCUUCUGAUGAAAGAGAAAGUGUAGAGAGGGAUUCUUUUGAUCAGAGCAGACAAGAAAAAGAAAACAAGUUGAAAGAAUUAUUGCUCUCUGAUUUUGCUUCCAUUGUAAAGGGUCUUCCUCAAAUUAUCACCUCUAUCUAUCUUCUGCCCUUUGAAAAUAAUGUGAUGAACUUGAUCUGGAUUUCUUCCUUCCUUGCGACAGUAAUGGAUUUUUGCGCUUUCAACUUGGUUUACUAGAAUCUGUCUGCUUUGCUUUCUAUUGUUGUGUAAAUUUCUCGGAGAUUUCCCCUCCUCUUAUUGAACAUAUUGCCUUGUUGUUA